CCAUCACGCUCGUGGCGUCUCUUGACGAUCGCCACACAGUCAGUCUGAUCAGUCGGUUCCCCAGCAGACAUUCGUUUCUUAGCACACGUCAAGCAGCCCCAGCAGCCAAGUGUCUCGCCGGGCCUGUGUGCCGGACCGUCUGAACGGGAGCUUCUGGCGUCGAACGCUGAGCGGAUGAAUGCCUGGAUACGGUCGCGAUCGACCAUCCACAACCAAAAACCCCCCCCUUUUCAACCCUUCCAAGAAAAAGAUUGGUGUGAGCCUACAGAGGUUUCAGGGACGGUUGAGCCGCUGCCCGACCUCGACAUGAACGGCACGCCUUCCGCAGGUUCCGGAGCGUCUCAUGGCAGGACACAGCAAAAAGGCCACAGUCGACGAGUCUCCCGUCUGAAGUUGAUUCGUCGCCGCUGGCGGCGCGGCCAUUUGUCUUCAGAUGGAGGGGUUUAGGGGAAGCUAGGGAGAAAAAAAAGAAAGGAAAAAAACAAAGGUGACCGCACUGGGCCGACAACAGCGAUUGUUCGGUGCAAGACGGUGAUAGCCGUGCAGACGAUCGCCAUGGUGACCCCGAAGAUAACUUAUAGUCCGGAGCUUGGAUUCGGUUUUUGCUGCUGCUCGUUUCCCUCGCUCCAUCUCACGCGACAUCCCCUUCCGAGCCAGUCGGCGGUAUCGAUCGACAGGCGAAUCAAAGCCGCUCACCGCAGCGCUGGAAUCUGGUUCGACCGUCUCCAAACACCCGACCACGCCGCAGCGAGGCCGAAUCCUUCGUGGAAUGUGGGUGCGAGGCGAAGGAACUGGUCCAGCCUCGAACGGGUAUUUCACUCUUCGUCUUCGCAAACAAAGGAAAAACCUUCCAGCCGGCCGGUCGCUAGCGUUCGCGACGUCGAGCGGGUGAAAUUCCGGAGCUUCGCCCUUGGAGAUCUCGUUCUGGGCGACAGUGAGCACCCAACCUGUCUUCGAACCUGUAUUUUUCAUUUAAACGUUUUGAGGUAGCUCGAGAAAAGGUUAAAAAAAAAACCCCAAGAGGGCCACACCCGGGCCGCUGUAUCACUGCCGAUCUUUUCUUGGUUCACCUUGGGUACGAGAACAUGGAUUUGCAAGUCAUCGUGCUCGGCGCAGGUUCAACCGGCCUUCUCAUCGCACAGGGGUUGAAAAAGGUAAGUUCCAGUCACCACGUCGUCGCCCAAGACGCGAUUCGUCGUCGUGCAAGACGUCCUGCACGCCGGCGACGCGGUGUCGGACUCCACUAGCGACGCCGCGAUCGUGGUUGGCGGGAUCGACAAGGCGAGAGGGGGUUUUGAAGCCCCGGAGCCUAUCGUUGGCGACCGCUUGGCUGAUCAGCGAUCGAGCAGAACGGCAUCAAGUUUGCGAUUUACGAGCGCGAAGACGAGCAUGCAUACACGCAUCACCAGCGGGACUGGUCCAUGGCCCUGCUCUGGGGCACCGAGUAUCUCAAGAACACGCUGCCGGAGCAGAUGCUGGACCGCUUCGAUGAGAUCAAAUCGGAUCCCCACGACAAGCCAGGCCCGGAUCGACUGGGCACGUUGCCGCUGUACAACGGCAAGACUGGAGAGCUCGUGGCCAAGAUCCCGGGCGGCAUCGCCGUGCGUGUGAACCGGGAGAAGCUACGGAAGUUCUUGUCGGACGACGUUGAGAUUCACUUUGGCAAGCUCUGCACGAAGAUCGAAGAGGCGGGCGACAAGGUCACCGUCACGUUCAGCGAUGGCUCUACCGCGACGGCAGACACGGUCGUCUGCGCCGACGGCAUCAAGGGCGUCGGGAGGACGACCCUGCUGGGCGAAGAGGCGGCGGCGCUGAGCGUUGCGCCGUGCUCGUUCGUGAACAUCUGCAACAAGUACAAGCCGGACCAGGCCCGCUUCAUCCGCAACACGCUGGACACGAUGUACAAGUUCGGCGCUCACCCCGACCAGCCGACCUUGUUCAUGAUCGUGCCGGUCGACAUUCCGGACCUCGACCGGCCGGAGGAGUGGAAGUACCAGACGUGCCUGAGCACGUGGGGCGCCACCCAUUCGGACUCGCCAGCGGAGCGGCUCCGCGUCUUCAAGGAGGCCGCCAGCAAGUACGCGGAGCCGUGGCGCAGCGCCGUCGCGUGGCUGCCGGACGACACCUUCAUCCCCAAGGACACGAUCAAGUACUGGGCGAACCCGGUCAAGUGGCCGAACUGGAACGGCAAGGUGACGCUGGCCGGCGACGGGGCGCAUCCCAUCGUUCCGUUCCGGGCCCAGGGCCUGAACAACGCGCUGCAGGACGCGCACAACUACGUGCAGGCGCUCGUCGCCGUGCGGGACGGCAAGCGGUCGCUCAGCGAAGCCAUCACGGCGUACGGCGACGAGGUCUUCGAACGCGGCGCGGCCGAGAACAAGCUGAGCAACAUGUGGGGGCCCGUUCUGCACAACUGGGACGCGCUGAUGAACACGCCCAUGAUGAAGCAGGGCUACGGCCAGACCAAGAAGACGGAGGAGCCGAAGCCCGAAGACGCGGCGGAGGCCCCGGAGGAGGAGAAGAAGACGAAAGCGCCGGCUUCGUCGCCCGAGCACGGAGGCGACGCCGCCCCCGCCGAGCACCUGACGGGCGGCACGACGUCGGCCGCCACGAUGGCCCACGGCCAGUACACGCCGUCGGAGGAGCACAAGUCGCUCGACCUGGCCGCCGCCCAGCGGCCGCUGACUCCGACCGAGGUCGGCGACGCGGAGCUUUCGAAGCUGCGGAAGGAGAACGAGGCACUGAGGCGACGCAACCUGCUUCUCACCGAGAAGCUCAAGGCGAUUCAGGCGCUGCUGUCGGCUCAGGAGGUGGACGUCGAGCCGUGAAGACAACAGGAUACGCCGGAUCGACCUCCCCUCCCUCGCUCCCUCGCUUCCUUCGUCCCUCUCUCUCUCUCUCUCUCUCUCUCUCUCUCUCUCUCUCUCUCUUUGAUUCAUUUUGUCUUAGAAUAAACAAAAAAAAGAGGGGGGGGGGGGGGGGAAGAAAUC